AGUGAACAUUUGUUUUAUUCUGAUUAAUCUACGAUGCAUGCGAUAUAUAAUUGGUCGAAUUGGAUAAACAGCGUGCGAAACGCACUCGAUGCGUCAUCGGUCACGAAUAUUUUGUCAGUGACAAUCAAUGAUCAAUUGGGAACGGAUACACCUUGAAGGAUGCGGCAAUGGAUCGCCCUGGUGCGCAUGUCGUGCAAUCUAGUGUUAGGGGUUACCUUCCUACCCCCUGGACGAAGUAAACUCGCGUUUUGCGCGUUAAAGUCCGGAGUCAGGUCCGCAAACAAAAUAAAAGCAACGAAUACACAAGGAAUUUCGUCCUGUGAUCGCAAAGCGUUGGCUAGUCGCUCGACAAUCAUCUUAUUAGUUCUCGCACCAGCGAGAAACAGUGAAAGUUUAUUGAUUCCCUCUGCGUGAAACACGUUUCCGCGGUAUCGGCUGCUCCUUUUUCCGCGAGAAAUAAUCUUCUGUGACCAGUUCUCUUAAGAAACAACGCAAGAUGAAAGUAGGUCUGUUGAAAAAUUUCUUGCAUUACUUCAACUUGAAACAAGGCACAGUCUUGAUAGCUGUGUUUCAGUUGUUUAUAUCAGGAUUUAGUAUGAUAUUUUUCGUGUUGGCUCUGGCGCACGCUAUGGGAAUUCAAGAAAUGGUGGUAAGAGACACGGAAGACGCGCUUGAGAGGGAGGCUUUGGAAGAUAUAUCGUCGAAUCAUCUUAAUACAAAAAAAAUGGACAUGGCGCAUCACAAUGCGACCGAAACGGUAUACUCGAUGUAUUGCGGAUUAGUCAUCACAGUGAUACAUUUUAGUUCCACUAUUUUGCUCCUAUAUGGAGCACUAACGAAUAAUCGUCACUUCAUGGCGCCAUGGAUGAUGGUCAUGAUGACUAUAAUAUCAGCGUCGACGAUUUCCUUGUUCUUAGUAGAACAGGAUUGUCCCUUUAUCGCUACCCUUGGCGGCAAAGCUAAUAUUUGUGAACGUAUAAUCGUUCUGUUUCUCGUAAUCACGAGCUCUUACGUGUGGUUCGUGGUGUACAGUACGUAUAAGAGUCUCGAAACAAAGAUAGGAUUGACGCACAUUCUUCAUGGCGUGAAGAAAAAGCCUUUGGUGCCGGUCGUACAGAAAACAAAAAUCAAUCAGGUACGUGCGAACAAACCGUUCGAAGUAUAAAAAUCUUAUGGAGGCGUAGAAGUAGCCACAUUGUCGAGAAAGAGGAGCGAGAGAUGCUUGAUGACGAAGAAAUGAAAAUAAUUUCAUGUUGAACAAACAUUGUAUGUUGUAAGACACGACAAAAGGCGUUUACAAAGCUCAAAAAUGAUCUUCAGUACAAAAGGCUUGUUUCGUAUGUUACACAUAUUAUGUCUUGCUUAUGCGUUACGACUACUCGUUGAUAAUUCGCGUUGUUCGAUAACGAUACUGUGAAAACUAUACUCUGGACGACAACGCACAGACUUACAAUUAUUCUUAAAUCCGUAAUAACGAAAUUGCAUAUCGAAAACGGCGAUGCGUAUAUCGCAAUAUAUUUUUUCAAUUCGGUUAUUGCCACGAUUGAAUUUCAUAUUAUUUAAGUGAACAACGACACUCUUAAUUUGUUUCAUCGAUUUCGUUGAAACUUUCGUAUAAGCCACGAUACACACUUUCCUUAUGUAAGACUGAAUAUUAAUUGCUAAAGUGUUUUA